CGCGCAAAGCGAUAGGGGCGCUACGGGCCGGGGAAACAAAGCAAAAUGGCGGCGGCUGGCGCGGGGAAAGCCGCGGUCUCUGCCACUGGGGCCGUGGUCAAGCCGAUCUUCAGCCGGGAUUUGACUGAGGCUAAGCGGCGCGUGCGAGAUCUGUAUAGGGCUUGGUACCGAGAAAUCCCAAACACUGUGCAUAUGUAUCAGUUGGACAUCACAGUGAAACAGGGGCGUGAUAAAGUGCGGGAAAUGUUCAUGAAGAAUGCCCACAUCACAGACCCCAGAGUUAUUGAUAUACUGGUUAUUAAGGGGAAAAUGGAACUCCAAGAGACUAUUCACGUGUGGAAACAGAGGACUCAUCUCAUGAGGUUUUUCCAUGAAACUGAAACACCGCGACCCAAGGACUUCCUGUCCAAGUUCUAUGCAGGCCAUGACCCUUGAGUCAAACAGACUUUGUGGAACUGUCAUUCUGUUUUUAUGUGCUGCUGCAAAUAAAGCCCUGUAAUAUUGAA